AUGCGAGAAAAAAACGCCAUACUAUGGUCGAUCCUUCUUAUGCUGACCUUAUUACCUCCUCUAGACGCCAAGAGAGGAGGUUUUUCAAUUGGAAGAACAAUGGGAAGAUCCUCUACGAAUAGGGGAGCAAGUUAUGGAGGUGUCAACAGAGGACGAGCAGGUCCCGCACCUCCCCCGUACCAGCGAAACCCACCCCCACGCAAUGAUGGAUAUCGCCCACACCAACCUAGUGGAGGAAAUUGGAAUAACAUGAACAAUAAUGGUGGUGGAUUCCAAAGCUCCAGGUACACAUCAGGAACAGGAAUAGGUUCUAAACUGCGCUCUAACACUUUCAAGAAUGCAAUUGUUGGAGCUGCUGCCGGGUACCUAACUUAUCAAGCUGGUAAAGCUAUUAUCAGAGCAGCUGCGGGUCCUAUGAUGUGGAAUAACAGACCAUAUUAUUGGGGAUCAAAUUACUAUCCCAGGACAAGCCAAUCUAACAUGUGUAGAAUGCCAAUAGAGCAAGGCGAUCAGCAAUUUGGAAACGUAUAUUUCCAGGAUCAAACACGUCCUCGAGAAAUAGUGUGGAGCUGUGGAUAUUAUGAACAUUGUUGUGGUUAUGAGUGCUGCCGUGGUGGAAGUGCUUCGAAUUGGAGACCUUCAUUUGGUCAAUCACUCGGGUACACAUUUACCCUUCUCUACACACUCAGAUAUUAUUUAUUUUAA